CGUACAAAACAUUUUGUGGAAAUUCCGUCGCUUUUUGCAGUUUUUGCUCCUAAGAAACUAAACUAAAUUUGUAAAAAUAGUAAAUAAUCGGUUUCCAUUGAUGGAAAAUUACUAAAAUAUAUUCCGCGCAUCGGUAUACAAAUAAAAGCAAACAUUAGGAAAUUUUUCCUACGCAGCAGAUCAUCAUUGAGCGCGCGUCGGUGUGAGUGUGUGUCUGUGUGUGCGUGCGUGUGCCACAGAAAGUGGCAAUCAGGCAGCAGCAAUAGUUAAAGUGUACAAAUAUUCGUUAAGCAUUUGAUAUUGUUAAUUUAUGCAAUAAAAUGUGAAACCAAUGGCAAUAUCUCAAUGUUGUCAAUACAGAAAAAAGUUGUGUAGAAGCAGCCGCAACAGCGACAUCCGCAGUAGCCGUCAACGUUAACGUAUAAAAGGGCAAAAGAAAAAUGAGGAAAAUGAAAUAACACAAAAAAAAGAGCUGCGCUGUUGCGAGCAAGUAGAAGAAACGCGAAACACAAGUAAAGAAAAAUCGAAAUAAUAAAAUACAUACGUACGUACUGUAUGUAUGUGUGUGUAUCAUAAAAUUGUGCUUGUAUGCGCAGUGCAAGUGUGUAAGUGUAUGUGUGUGUGUAAGUGAAACGUAUAAAUAAAAUUCAGCCAAAUGCAGAAACCAACAACAAAAUGGAUAACAAAACUACACAGUUGGAUUUUAAAUUACUGGUGGAUCAGUCUGUGAAUCUACUGGAUAGUCUGAAUGCGGCGUCGCGGUGCGAUGCGAUCAAAUUUCUGCUGCAAACGCUUAAGUGCAAAUACCCAGAGGCCUGCGACAGAGUCGUCAGGAAUCUGUUCAGUCACAAUCCGAAUGACAAUGGCGCCGGGACGGACGCAACGCAGCUAGCGAAGAGCGAGCAGUUGCAGCUGCUGCUUGCCACCAAGAAGGAGAAAACGGAGCCGGGUGUGAAGAUAAAACGGGAGAGCGAGGAUGAGGCAGCCGCCAUCGAUUUAAAUCAAAACUUUGAGAAGAUUCUCUGCAAGGAGGAGUUUAUGUGCCUCGACGAGGAGGAUGACUUCCUCGAUGAUGACGCCGAUACCGAGAACUCGUCUUCCAUGAGCAAGCGUCUGAACUUUCACCGCGCCAUCAGCUCGAACGCCAGUGUCAGCAACAAUGUGGAUACGAUUACCGGAGCAGGUCCCAUCCUCUCCAGCGAUCCCCUCGAUCUGAUACACACGGCAGCAGCGGCCAGUGGCUUGGUGAAGCGCAAGUAUGCAGCGACGUUCGAUGAGGAGGCGGAUGAGGACUACGAGAACGGCGAUGACUAUGACAAUGGGAGCAAUAGCAACAACUGCGAAGAGCUCUUGCUGCGCCGGCAACAAAAGCUUAUCGGCUCCACGUCGUUGGUCAAACGGAAGCGUAGCAACAACAGCCACGUGGCCAGCUUGGAUGUUAUGGCGCCGGCCAUACGCGCCCGCCUGGGCGAGGGCUAUGUGUUUCACGAGGACAACCAGUACACGCUACGCUACCACCACAGCAGCGGGGAGUUCAGUGAGCGCGCUUUCAGGGCGCAGUUUCGAGUGCUGCUGCGUCUGGCGCUGAGCCAACAUCACAAGCCCUUCCUUAAGCAGUUCUACGACAACUUUGUGAUCACCGGCCGGCUGCUGGGCACAACGCCUUCGACACGUGUGCUGAAGGAGCUGCGCGAGCAACGGCUGGACGAGUGGCGACGGCAACGCGAGCGCAGACAGCUUGCGAAGGCCGCCGCCGAAGCUGCAGCUGCUGCCGCCGCUGCCAGGUUGCUGGGACAGCAGCAGGAGCAGGAACAGGAGCAAAGGCAAAAGCAAAGCCAACAAGUGGACCAACAUCUCGAAGUGCCGCUGCUGCUGGAGAACCAAGAGCAGCGCCAGCUCAGAUCCAUUUCGUUUGGCGACUCUGAGCUAGAGUCAGAGACAGAGUCGCAGCUAUCGUCGGCCCAGGAGAUUAUGAAGUUCGAGGAGUUCAUUGACGAUGGUGUAGGCGCAGGUCGUCUCAUCGAUGGGCUGGAAAUGGAGCCUGAGAUUGACGAAAUGCUGGCUGGCGUAGGCAGCGGAUUGGACAGCGUAGCUGGCACCGGCAGCGGGAACAGCAACAGUAACAGCAGUGCCGUCCACGACAACGGCAUUGCCUCCCUUCUCAUGGACACCAGCCAUGGGACGCAGAUUCAUUCUACCCAUCUCAAUAGCAGCAGCAGCAGCGGUGCGAAUCUUGUGAUCAAUGGCCUUACAUCGUCAAGCAAUAUUAACAACAACAUCAAUUGUAACAAGGGCGACAAUUCGCUGUCCCAGCAGCUGGGACCGGAGCAUGCCGCCAAGCAGUCGGCGUCGCAAGGACAGAUGCAGACGCAGUCGCAGCAUCUGGCCAUGCCCAUGAGGACUGCGUAUGGACUCGAAGGUGUCGCCAUGUCGGCGACGACGCAGCUGAUGUCUGGCAGUGAGAUUCAGCUGCAGAAUGAGAAUCAGAGCCAGAACCAGAACCACUAUAAUUCAAGCAAUAAUCCAAUCUCAAUGCCGCCCAUCAUUGAGCAGAUGAUGCAAAUGCAAAUGCAACAACAGCAGCAGCAACAGCAGAGCCCCUUUCCACAGCAUCAGCAUGCGCAAAUGAUGAAUAAUCGUCAGUCGCAUCUGCAUCCGCAUCCGCAUCCACAUCAGCAGUCGCAGCCACCGCACCUGGCUACGUCUGGAGUCGGAUCUAAUGCGUGUCCGCAGCUGAACUCCUCGCUGGAGUUGGAUGAUAACGAGCUAUCGGGCGAGGAGGAAGAUGACGAGCUGGACAAUGAGAUGGACGAGCUGGACGCUGCCAAGCAGCAGCUCAUUGAUGGCGGCAGCAGCAGCAGCACCUCCCUGCAGGCGCCGCCCUCCCAGCUCGGCGGCAGCCAAACGCCCGGUAGCAAGAAGGACAAGCCCAGCUACAAUUGCUUGCUGUGCCCCAAGUCCUAUCGGAAGCGCAAGUCCCUGUUGGACCACUACAAGCUGCAUCCCGGCUACUGUCACGACUGCGGCCAGCCCAACGGCAACACGCUGGAGGAAAUUAUUCAGCACAAUCGGACGAUGCACGUGAAGGAAUUUCCGUUUGUCUGCGAGACCUGCGGCGAAUCCUACUCGCGUCGGCAGCAGUUCCACGCGCACGUCGAGUCGCACAAGAAGGAUUUCAAAAUCUUUCCGUGCGGGGAGUGCGGCCUGAAACUGUCGCAGAAGAAGAUGCAGCAGCACUUUGAAGAGACGGGCCACAAGGCCGACGGCGCCAUCUGCGAGGUGUGCGGCGCCGAGUUUCCCUCAAAGAACGCCCUUUAUCAGCACAUUAUUCGCGUGCACAAGCGAGACAACUUCUUUGAGUGCCACAUUUGCCAUAAUCGCUUCACUCUCAAGGCCAAUCUGGAGCGGCACGUGCAGCUGCACACUGAGGUCAAGCGCACCUACGUGUGCGACCUGUGCGGCUCCUCGUACUUUACAUAUCCUGCGCUCAAGGAGCACUACAGCAACGCCCACGUCGAUGUAUCCGAGUGCAAGUGCACGCUGUGCGGCAAGCGCUUUGGCUCUGCCAAAUCGUUGCAGCGCCAUUUGCCAUCACACUCAGAGGAACGGCCGCACUGCUGCAACCACUGCGAUCAGACCUUCAAAUGGAAAACACAUUUGGUGCGCCACAAGCAGACAAUGCAUGGGAAUCAGCCGCCGCCUCCUAAAAAGGGUAAACAGCGUUUCCCCAAAUCGAAUGAUGAAGAUAUGGCGCCACUGCCUGAUAUGCCAGGACCACCACCGGUAAAGGCAAGCAAAAAGUCAGCAGUCGGCAAGGCAAAGUCACAGCCGGGAACGGCAGCUGCAGCCGCGGCACAACAGCAGCAGAUGCAGCAAGGCGCCGGAAAGGCAGUUAGCGUGGGGGCAACGCCCACUCCGCCGCCACCAUUGUCUACAACGCCGGGCUGUUCGCAGCAGGAUCAAUUUAAUGCCGCCAUUGUGAGCAGCAAUAGCUCGCAGUCCUCAACGGCGUCAACGUCGCAGCACUCGGUCUCCACGAGCGAAUCUCAGCAGAAUUCCAUGUACAAUCAGAGCUUUAGUGCAGACAAGUUGCAACAACAGCAGCAGCAGCAACAGCCGCCGCCGACGCAACAGCAAAAUGCGCUACAUCAGCAUCAGCAACAGCAACAGCAUGCUGCAGCGACGCCGCCGCCAUCGCAGCAGCAAGCGGUGCCACCGCCUCAGCAGCAACCGCAGCCGCACCAUCGCCAUACGCCCCACACGCCCCAUACACCCCAUACGCCCAACAAUAGCACUCCAGAGCUGCAUAUGCAACGGAUGAACAGUUUUGGUGGCCAGGAGAGCCAGUUCCACUUUGAGCCCACUAGCAAUACGGCGGGCGGUUAUCAGCAACACCAGAUGAUAAGUCAAUAUCAACAACAGCAAGCGCAGCAGCCGCAACAGCCACAGCAGCAGCAACAGCAACAACAUAUGCGCAGUCACACGCCACAGAGCCCUCAUCCGCAUCCCCAUCCGCAUCAGGCGCAGCAGAUGCAACAGCAGCAACAUUUCACCUCGCCGCACCACAUGCCCCCAAUGCAUCACCAGCAUCAGUUAAUUCUACAACAGCAUCGUCACACCCAUUCGCCCCAGCACCAACACUCGCGAUUGCAAUCGCCGCAGCCGCAGCCGUCGCCUUCAGCCGCUGCGUCCGCAACGCAGCAGCAAUUUAUGCAGCAGCAACAGGCAACUGACUCCUGGGGCAACAUGGGCUUUGGCGGGGCUCCGAACAACCAGCCAGUCGAGCUCAAGGACAACAAGUUCUACAUUGUCGACUCGACCGAGUUUCUCGGGCUUCCAAUGAACGUCGGCGCCCCAGCGCCGUCCACUCAGCAGCAGCAGCAAGCAGCCGUCGGCGUCAACAAGGCACAGCAGCAGCAACCACCACCACAGCAGCAACAGCAGCAGCAGCAGCCACAAGACCCAGCGUUGACUGGCGAAUUAUUGGGCUUCCAGCACAUGUGGCCACAACAGGUGCAGCCUCAGCAGCAGCAGCAACAACAACAACCACAGCAGCAGCCGCCAACGCCACAGCCACAGGCGAACCAAGUCGGACCGGGAGAUGCUCACAACUAUAACAACAUAGGCAGCAUUCUCACGAAUCUCAUCGACACGAAUCCCACGCCUUUGGAGUACAACUUUGACCUAAUGCCACAGCCGCCGCCCCAACAGCAACAGCAGCAGCAACAACAACCACAACAGCCGCAGCAACAGCAGGCGGCACAGCAACAUCACAAUGCCGGCGGCGCCUAUGGCGCUGGUCUGAUGCGGCAUGCGGGCGCUGGCAAUGUUUACGAGCAACAUUACAACCACAGCGCAUUGAGCGAGCAGCUGGUCAGCGAACAGCAGAAGCAUAACAGCUUUCAGCCUUACCAUGCCCACGCGCAUGCGCACGGCCUGCAGCAGCCGCUGCACUCGCUGGCGGGCGCUACGCACUUGUUGCCCCCGCCGCCGCCGCACGGCAGCGUCUAUGAGCGCACGGCGCCGCCGGUGGGUGUCGGCGUAGGUGUGGGCUAUCCGAUGCUGGGCGACGAUACGAAGUCAGUGCUGCCGCCUAUCAACGACUAUAUGCAUCAUAUGCAGCAACAGCAGCCAGAUCUAAUCUACUAUCCAGUGAAGAACGAUUGACAACCAAAGUAGCCGGCGCUGGGUGGUGUCCCAGGGCACCACCAGCACCACCACUACGCGCAUAAUCAUAAUCAUAAUCAUAAUCUAACGCGCUGGUGGCCAGCACCAGCAGCAACUUUAGGCGCCAAGAGAGGCGAUGUUUUUCAUUGAAAAACAUUAACACAAUAAACAUUUGUUUAAGUCUGUACGUUAAAGUGUUCGAGAUCCGGAUCGGAAUCGGAAGCGAUUCGUGGCACUUGUGUAGAUAACAAAGAUGAUUCUAACUAGAUAAGGUUAACAAUAACAAACAUAAACACUGGAAUGUUAUGAAAUAUAGAGCAAUAACUUGAAGAUUGGAGCUGCGAUGCUCAGUAUAUCUAAUCCGACCGACCCUAUGAGGCACGUGUAUUGUAUACAAUAAACUGAAUUAUAAUAAUAAUAAUACAGACAGACACACAACCUGUACACAAAAUCAAAUGCAAUGGAAAGAAGAUGAACAUGAACAUGACUACAGACAUAUAUACAUAGUAGCGAGUAAGGAAAACAACAAACAAAGAGGGGAAUAAACACUAUACAUAAUUACGUAAAUGUUGUAAUAUGAUAUGAUUGUAGCCCGUAAGCAUGUAUCAACAAUAACGGCAGACCACAGCAACAACAAACUUUCGAACAAAUUUUUGCAACAUAUUUUAUGCUUAUCUAACUUAAAUGAGAACACAAAUACGUACGUUGAUAUAUGUAUAAUCAAAGCAGCAAUAUAUAUACAUAUGUAUACAUACGCAUACGUAUCCCCCAUAUGAGUCGCAACAGACAGACCCUUAAAAAACGAUAAAACGAUUGUAGAUUUAUUUGAUUGAAUUAGCGCUUGGGGCCUACAUCACACCCAAAGGAGGCAAGAUCGAGACCCGGACAACAUGAAAGUUGUUCUAACCAUAUCACGAGGCCCUUUGCCGUCAAAUAAUUAUAUUAUAUAUAAAUAAUAAUUUUAAUUUCGAUAGUGCUUGUUAUUUUCUAUUUAGUUGAACAAUCAAUGAUUAUAUAUACAUACAUACAUUUAUUACAUGCAGACACAUAUGCAUAAAAUUUGAUUUACAUGACCUAAAAUGCCGAUUGAGCCCACAUUUUUGUUAGAUUAGUGCCUAAGUCUAAAUGUAUAUCCAUUUUGUGGCUUUUUACACCCAAAAC